ACCUCGGGAGGCAAGCACAUGCUGCCUUGCUGAUCAUCAGGGUGAGACUAAACUGGACGUCCCACCUGCCUGAGUGCUGGACUGGACCGCAGCCACCUGCUGCCCGCCGUCAUAUCGCUGCCAUUGGCGUGGCGCUCACGUCUCGCCGCCCGCCUGCCCGCCCUGCCCGCCCUGCCGUCCUGUCCAGCACCACAUCCACACACACAGCACGCACGUCAGGCUUCGUUCGUCCCCGUCGACGGCUGGGCUGCAGAUGUGCCGGGAUUGGGCGCCAGAGGAUAACCGGGCGUUUGUAGCGCCCGUCGCAACCCACCACCGCCUCGGCACCGGCACUGGCACUCGCCCAGGCCCUCGCCUGCGCUUGAGCCCGCAGGCCCGUCAAUCACAGCCUUUGCUUCCUUAUCGCCCAUCAGCCCAGUCCUCCCACGCUGUCCUGGCAACUGGGGACCUGGGCUCGCGAGAUACGGAUACAGAUAUAGUGCUUGCAGAACGGCCCCUCUUUUCCACCUCUGACGCUCCGCAACUCAGAUCGCACGUCCCGUCCGGCUCCUGCUCUCGGUGCCUCCGGUAAAUUUCACGACAGUCUCACCUGAUUCGACCCGGGUGGGUCGGAUGCUGACUGAUGCCGGUGCCGGUGCCGCGCCGUGCCACCGUCCUUCUUCACGUCUGCUCCGUACCAGCCGCCGUCGCCAGCCCAGCCCGUCUCCGCCCUCGAGCCACGGCUCUGGGCCCCGAGAGCAUCCGCAAUGGAACCUCAAACCCCUCAGCUGGCCCUUCAGCCCCAGCCCGCCGCCCCAGCCCCGGACGCCGCCCCACCUCCGCCCACCAAGAAGAAGUCGAGGAGCCGGAAUGACCCGGCUAACCAGAAGCGCCGCUGUGUCAGCACUGCCUGUAUCGCUUGUCGCAAGAGGAAGUCCAAAUGCGACGGCGCACUGCCCUCCUGUGCCGCCUGCGCCAGUGUUUAUGAGACCGAAUGUGUCUACGACCCAAACUCGGACCACAGGAGGAAAGGCGUCUAUCGCGAGAAGAUCGACAGCGCCAAGGCCAGGAACUCAACCCUCCAGAUCCUCAUAGAGGCUAUCCUCAACGCUGCCGAGGAGGAUGUCCCCGAGAUCACGAGGAGGAUCCGCACCUGCGACAGCCUGGAUGCCGUGGCAGAGACUAUCCUGCAGGAAGACUUUGCCAACAAGAACAGUGACGACGCUCAGUUCGAUGACCAGUACACCACCGACCAGCCCGUCGAGGGCGAGCGAGACCUGGCCAGGAAGAUGGGCGAGCUCCGCAUAGAGAACGGCACCAUCCGCUUUAUCGGCGGCACCUCGCACCUCAUCUACCAAGGCGACCCCCAUGACACGCCCGCUGAGCCCGAAUCUGUCAGCCUCCAGACGAACGAGGACCCUGUCACCAGCUGGUCUGAGGUGACCAAGGACAGGAAUUUGGUCAUCCACCUGAUGAACAUGUACUGGAACUGGCACUACCCGUACUUCACCACAAUCUCACGCAAAUUGUUUUGGCGAGACUUCCUCAAGGGCAAGCCACGAGCCUUACCAAAGGGCACCAUCUACUGCUCGCCCCUCCUGGUAAACACCAUGCUGGCACUGGGCUGCCACUUCACAGACGUGCCGGGCGCCUUUGCUGUGCCGGGGGACAGUCGGUCCAAAGGUGACCACUUCUUUGCCGCCGCCAAGAAAGUCAUCAUAGACAACGAUGAGUACGAGAAGCCCAAGCUGGUCACCGUUCAGGCCUUGGCCUUGAUGUCCGUACGCGAAGCGGGCUGCGGGCGCGAGGCCAAGGGUUGGGUCUAUAGCGGUAUGAGUUUCCGUAUGGCCCAGGAUAUCGGCCUCAACCUUGAUGCUGGGGCAAUUGCUUCGGAAAACGGACAGAUCAGCGCCGAAGAGAUCGAUGCCCGCAGGAUAACAUUCUGGGGCUGUUUUCUCUUUGACAAGUGCUGGUCCAACUACCUCGGCCGGCUACCACAGCUGCCCAAGAACUCUUACAAUGUACCAAAAUAUAACGUCUUCCCCGACGAAGACGGCGGUAUUUGGUCGCCAUAUGGGGACGGCGGAUUCGAUCAGGCCCUCAGCCAGCCGGCACGGACCCGUGCCGUCGGCCUCCAACUCUCAAAACUAUGCGAGAUCAGCAGUGACUUGUUAAUCUUCUUUUACCAUCCGAACCAUAUCGGCAGGUCAAGUGGGAAGUCGGUUGAGCUGAAGAAGCUCAGUGAGCUGCACAGGCGGCUGGAAGACUGGCGCAAGGAGCUGCCGCAGGAAUUCGAGCCCAAGGAUGGCCAGCUACCGAAUGUGAUAUUGAUGCACAUGUUCUAUCACCUGCAGUAUAUCCACCUCUUCCGGCCAUUCUUAAAGUAUAAUCCUGCCACGUCCCCUCUGCCACCGCACGUGUCUCCUCGACGCAUAUGCACGGCCAAUGCCGGUUUCAUCUCGAAACUGAUGAGGUUAUACAAGAAAUUGUACAACCUCCGGCAAAUAUGUAACAUCGCGGUGUACAUGGUCCACUCUGCCUGCACUAUACAUCUGCUCAACUUACCCGAGAAGACUGCGAGGAGGGACAUCAUCCAUGGCGUGAAGCAUCUGGAAGAGAUAGCCGAGGACUGGCUGUGCGCGAGACGAUCGCUAAGCAUCAUCAGCGUCCUCGCCAGGAAAUGGAACUGCGAGCUGCCAGAUGAGGCAGCCGUCAUUCUUCGCCGGACUGAUGAAAAUUACGGCUACUUGGGUACAGGAGAUGUGCCAUCGCCUAACCCGGCCAUGAUGCCAUCCGUAACGCCUUCGCCUCCGUCGUUCCCCCAGUCACCAGCACAGCUCAAGAACAGCCCAGGCCGGCUUGAUACCCAACCAUCACAAAUGUCGCAGGACGCGACUGCGGCCAUGUCGCCCGACCUGAUGUCAACCAUGGGCAUCGGGUCGAUAGCACCGCCCGGCGUGCAGCCUCGCCAGGGGCCAGCUUCUGCCUCGGUCGACCCCGCCAGCAAUCCCGGCCUUGCCUUCAACAGCUCGUGGACCAUGCCAGGUGUUGGCGCGCCUGCCCUGCCACGUUACCACCAGUCCUACGCGCCCGUACAGAUUACCAGCAGCGGGCAAUCGGCACAGAGCUCAAGAACUGCGACGCGCAAUCCCACGCCAAAUUCGGUCUACGCCAUCGACGGACAAGACUGGUUCCUAAAGGACGGCAUCAACUGGCAGCAGAACUUUGAGGGCUGGGGCAUGACCAGUCCGACGAACAACAGUGCAAACAAUAACAAUAAUAGCAAUACCAGCAAUACCAACGGUGUUGGGGCUGGGGCCGGCGUGGCUGCUGGCGAUGUAUUCAUGUUCAAGGGUCUGCAGGGAGGCGACUUGGACAUGGGAGACAGCUGGGAUUUUGACAGCUCCAUGACGAAUCUGGAUCAGAUCCCGGGGCUUGACUGAGCUACUUGCGU